AUGUCCAGGCCAGCCCUGCUCCAGUCGCAGACCCAGGCCCUUCUCACCCUCCUCAACCUCAACCAGCAGCCGCCCGCCGUUUCUGGCUCCUCAGCCGGCGUCUUCCCCGCCGCUCGCCCCGGCACUCCCUCGUCGGGUUUCGACGAGUCCUCCCAGCCUCUAAUUUGGAAAGUCCUUAUCCUCGAUGACUUGAGCAAGGACAUUCUCGCGACCAGCUUGCGAGUGCAAGACCUGCGUGAGCAGGGUGUGACGUUGCACAUGCAGCUGCAUGCCCAGCGACCACCUCUGUCCGACGUGCCUGCAGUCUACUUUGUUUCACCGACGCUUGCCAACAUCCGGCGCAUUGCUGAGGACCUCAACCCUCCCCUCUACUCGUCGUAUCACCUCUCGUUCACCUCAGCGCUACCGCGCUCGCUGCUCGAGGAGCUCGCGUCGCUCAUCCUUGCGAAUGAUCCUACGGGUGCGAAUGGGCAGCUCAUCGCCUCGGUCCACGACCAGUUCCUCGACUUCCUUGUCCCGUCCACCAACCUCUUCUCGCUGCUUCCCAGUCGCGUGCCUGCUGACGCGAAUGGGCACGCGAAGAAGAACGGCGCACCGGAGAAGGAGGUGGACGGAAAGCCCAGCUAUGUGGUCCUCAACGACCCCAAGGCUGGCGAGGUGGAGAUCGAGGAGGAGGUCGAGCGCAUCGCCAAGGGCCUCUUCAGCGUCAUCGUUACCAUGGGUAUCGUUCCCAUCAUCCGGUCGCCGCGUGGUAACGCCGCGGAGAUGGUGGCACGCAAGCUCGAUGCCAAGCUCCGGGACCAUAUCUCGUCAACGUCAUCGCAACGUGGAGGGUCGUCGUUCGGCGCCGACAGCCUCCAGCGACCUCUCCUCGUCAUCAUGGACCGCAACGUCGAUCUGGUCCCGAUGCUGUCGCACUCGUGGACAUAUCAGGCCCUCGUUCACGACGUGCUGGACAUGAAGCUCAACCGGGUUACCGUCGAGUCGCCAGAAAACGGUCGUUUACAGAAGAAGUCAUAUGACAUCGACUCUAAAGACUUCUUCUGGGCAAAAAACGGUGGGAACCCGUUCCCUCAGGUCGCGGAGGACAUCGACACGGAGCUGAACCGCUACAAGUCUGACGCUGCUGAGCUCACUCGGUCGACCGGUGUUAGCGACGUCAACGACGUCUCUCAGAUCGACUUCUCGUCCAAUGCCGCUAAUCUCAAGACGGCUAUCACUGCUCUGCCCGAGCUUACCGCGCGCAAGCAUACCCUUGACACUCACAUGAACAUCGCCACGGCGCUCUUGCAGGCGAUCAAGGAACGCAGCCUGGACAACCUCUUCCAGGUGGAGGAGCUGGCAUCGAAGAUGACCAAGGCUCAGGUCCUUGCGGCGAUGCGUGGCCAGACGGACGAGCCUGGACAGAUUGCGCACCCGACACCCGAGGACCAGCUUCGUCUUGCGAUUAUCUUCUAUCUCUCUGUCCCGGACAUGCCAAAGGCCGACCUGGACGAGAUCACUGGGCAGUUGCAGUCGGCUGGUGCCGACGUCUCGGCCCUUGAGUACGUCAAGAAGGUCCGCGAGAUCACGCGGAUGACCAUGAUGGCGUCCCAGCCAGCAGUGGCAGCUCAGCCGGUCGCUGCGGGUGGCGAGUGGACGAAGGGGUUCGGUGUUUUGGGCAAUCGUAUCACCGACCGUCUUCGUGAGGGAGGCAUCACUGGCGUGAGCCUCGACAACAUCCUUAGCGGUGUGAAGAACUUCCUUCCCGCAAAGAAGGAGCUCACUAUCACCCGUCUCGUCGAGGCUCUGAUGGAGCCAUCAACGGCGGCGACCCAGGCGUUGCAGGACACAGACGACUACCUCCUGUUUGACCCCAAGGCGACGCGUUCAAGGAACCUGCAGUCGGGCCGCACGAGGACACAAUACCAGGAGAGUGUGGUAUUUGUCGUCGGCGGUGGAGGAUACGUCGAGUACUCUAACCUGCAAGAAUGGGCGUCACGGAGUCAACGGGAAGGUGGUGGGGGAGGCAAGCGGAUCACGUACGGAAGUACAGAGGUCUUAAACCCUACAGGUUUCGUCAAGGCCCUCGCUGAUCUUGGAACGGUUCAAUAG